AUGAAGUCAGUCUUGCGAGCCGUUGCCACGCGUGCAACGUGCAGCAAACCUGCCUUUCGCCAUGGCUUUGCGACCACCUGCCGAGCGCCAUUCCGGGAGGCCGCUGUGUACAAUAGGAAAGGCGGUGUCAGCGCCGCUGCGUCGAAGAACAAGAAACGAUACGAAGUCUUCCGGUCCAUGGUCAUAACACAGUUCAACAAUGUUCUUGAUGAAUUCGGCAACUGGUCCGAAUCCAACCAAGAACUUCGAAGCUUCGGCGUGCGUAGUGAACAUGGACUGGCAAACGAAGCUGCACUCUUUCGAAAGGCAAUCAGCGAUGCCAUAGCGAUGGCUACGAACGGUAACGUCGCCAGGACGACAAAUCCUCUCUUCUGGUCGCUGCGGGAUGCUUUCAUCCGAGGAGACGUCAAGGGGUUAACGUCGGAGAUUCGGUACUCCUUCCAAAGCUUCAUGAUGCGGAGCCGCAUGUCGGCGGAUGUGACGAAGAGACAGAAGCAGAUGGCUGACUUCCGCUACCCCAUGGAAUGGUUCCCGGCAACAAGAGCGUUGCAGCGGACAAUACAUCUCCACGUGGGCCCGACAAACUCUGGCAAAACAUACCAUGCGCUCAAGGCGCUGGAAAACGCCAAGUCGGGUAUAUACGGCGGCCCCUUGCGUUUGUUGGCCCACGAGGUAUACGCUCGCUUCACCGCCAAGGGAAAGCCAUGUGCCAUGGUCACUGGCGAAGAGCAGCGGAUUCCUGAGGGUGUCGAUAACUACUUCAUCAGCUGCACGGUCGAGAUGACGCCGCUGAACCGUCUGGUAGAUGUAGCUGUGAUCGACGAGAUCCAAAUGAUAGGUGAUCCGGAACGCGGUUGGGCCUGGACACAGGCUCUCCUCGGCGUCAUGGCCAAGGAGGUCCACCUCUGCGGCGAAGAGCGAGCAGUGGACCUUGUCAAGUCAAUUUGUUCCGCCCUCGGCGACAAAUGUGUGGUGCACAGAUACGAGAGGUUAAGUCCACUUCAAACCAUGAAAAAGAGUCUCAAGGGAGAUUUGUCGAAACUGGAGAAGGGUGACGCCGUCGUCGCUUUCAGCCGAGUUGGCCUGCACGGUCUGAAGAAAGCCAUCGAAGAGAAGACUGGAAAACGUUGCGCCAUUGUCUAUGGCUCUCUACCCCCUGAAACAAGGGCCCAGCAAGCGGCGCUCUUUAACGACCCUGAUAACGAGUACGACUUCCUAGUGGCAAGUGAUGCUAUUGGCAUGGGCUUGAAUUUGGAAGUAAAGCGGAUCAUCUUCGAAACAGCAGCCAAGUUUGAUGGUGUUAACUUCCGUGGUCUGUCAACGUCGGAGAUCAAGCAGAUUGGCGGCCGCGCUGGCCGAUUCAGGUCAGCCCGCCAAGCAGCGACAUCUGCUGACGGCGCCGAGACCCUGGUCGAGAAAAAGAAUCCAGGCCUAGUUACAACACUGGACGCUCUUGAUCUUCCCCGAGUCCAGGAAGCAUUCACGCAACAGGCCGAACCACUGGAGGCUGCUUACAUCAACCCUCCGGCAUUUAUCUUAGAACGGUUCUCGGAGUACCUGCCCCCUGACACGCCAUUAUCGUUCAUGCUGCUGCGCAUCCGUGAGCUGGCCAGGGUGUCGCCGAUGUUUCUGGUCGAUAUUUCGAGCGACGCUCUCCGCGUAGCCGAUAUCAUCCAGGAGUUUCCCCUGACCAUUCACGAGCGCCUCUCCAUCCUCAACGCCCCCGUCCAGCUCAACGAACCUAGCGUUGUCCACCUGGUGCAGGCAGCCGCCAACUGUCUUGCCACGCGCCAGGGCGGUGCCCUCUACGACAUGCAGGAAAUUGACCUGGAAAUCCUCGACGCGACGAUCGCCGACUUUGACGGUGACGGCCGCCGCUACCUCCGCGCCAUCGAGGUUCUCCACCACUCGGUCACGCUCUACCUCUGGCUGAGCUACCGCUUCCCCAACGUCUUCUCGAGCCAGGCGCUGGCGUUCCACGUCAAGGAACUCGUGCAGGCCAAGAUUGAGCACCACCUGGACACGAAUGUGUCGUUCCGAGCCGGGCAGCAUGAGGCGAUGCUUGCAAAGCGGGCGCAAGGAGAUUGA